AUGGCUGAGCAAAUGCUGCAGCCGAAGCCAAGGCCUGGAGAGUCGUGGUCCAGGACAUGCACCUGGCGAAAAGAGUAUGCGGGUGAGAUCACGUUGGAUGAGCUGACCCACAACUACCACUUUGAAGAGCGCUGCAAGAAGGGCUUUUACGAGUACAAAGAGGGCCUGGACAGGGGCCAGGGCACCAACUACUGGCACACACGGUCAAGCGAGGCUGUAUGCAACCGCCGCAUGAAGUGGCUGAAGACAGUGCUCCAGAGGAAAGCAGGUGGCCCCAAUCUUCCAGACCCUCCGCAGUGUCCGUUCGGAGACGAGCACCGCUAG